AUGACCAUCUUUUCUUUUGGUGUGCUUUUAUCUCAAGUCUUGGCACAGGAAAGUAAUGGUGAUCGAAUCAUAGGCGGAUAUGAUUGCACAUCAAAUUCCCGUCCCUUCCAGGCAGCCAUUGUAACUGGAGGUAAAGGCAACUGGAGGAUUUAUUGUGGAGGAAGCUUGGUGCACCCGUGUUGGGUGCUGACAGCAGCCCAUUGUAGAUCCAAACAAAGGGUGAAAGUGUGUUUAGGAAAGCAUAAUCUGAAAAAGGUUGAACCCAUGGAGCAGUGCGUGGAUAUCGCUGAAGCUAUCCCACACCCAGGUUACAAUAAGAAGAAAAUGGACAAGGAUUACAUGCUUGUUCGGCUUAAACCCUGUGCCAAAAUAACCAAAGCAGUUAAUGUCACGCGGCUGCCUACCAGUUGCCCAAAUGAUGGGAAACGAUGUACUGUUUCAGGCUGGGGCACGAUCAAAUCACCUCAAA